AUGGCCUCCGCCGCCAGCACUGCCGCCUCCGGGGCCCCGCUGCGCCUCCUCUCCUCCUCUUCGAACCGUAUUUCCAUGCCCUUCCUUCCUCGCCCCCACCGCCUCACCCUCUCCUCCCCCAUCUCCUUCCAGCGCCUCACAGCCCGGUCCGCCGCCUCGCCGUCCCCAUCCACCACUACCUCCUCUCCCUCCGGCUCCGGCUCUGUCGACCCGGCGCAACUGCCCCCCGCGCUCCGCGACAUUGUCGGCCUCUUCCAGUCCGUCCCGGACGCGCGCACCCGGUACAAGCAGCUCCUCGCCUACGCCGCGCGCGUGCCGCCCAUGGACCCGGCGCUCAAGACCGAUGCCAACCGCGUCCGGGGGUGCGUCUCACAGGUCUGGGUCCACGCCGAGCCGGACGAGGGCGACGGAGGCGGCCGCAGCGUCAGGUUCCACGCCGACUCCGACGCGCAGCUCACCAAGGGCCUCGCCGCACUGCUCGUUCUGGGGCUCUCUGGCGCGCCCGCUGCGGAUGUGGCCAGGGUGCCCUUCGAGUUCAUCGAGCUGCUCGGGAUCAGGCAGAGCCUCUCGCCCUCCAGGAACAGCGGCCUGCUCAACAUGCUCAACCUCAUGAAGCGCAAGGCACUUGAGAUCGCCGGUGGUGACUCGACCACAAGUCAGCAAUCAGUCCAAGAGGCUGCUGAACCGCGUGGAGUGGACGAGAAAGAUCCUGAAUUUGCAGCUUUCCGGGUGCAAGAAGAGGAAAGGCCAGAGGAGGCAGAGAGGCGUGACGAGGAUGGACAAUUGGGUGAAGUGCCACUUGAUGCAGAAGGGAAUGGUGCUGUGAGCGGUGGGAGGAAGGAGAGGAUAAGAGAGAGUUUGGAGAGGGCACUUUCUCCAGUGGAGUUGGAGAUUGAAGACAUAUCGCACCUCCACAAGGGCCAUGCUGGGGUGGCUGGGAGCAACGGGGAGACACAUUUCAAUGUGAGGGUAGUGUCCAAGGAGUUUGAGGGGAAGAGCUUGCUCAAGAGGCACAGGGCUGUCUAUGAUCUCCUGCAGGAGGAGCUCAAGACUGGGUUGCACGCCCUGUCAAUUGAUGCAAAGACACCAUCUGAAGUUUAG